AGGUCACAGAUGACAUGAAGACCAAGAACCAGCCAAAGGAGGAAAGCCAAGUGAUCAAAGCCGCACCCAAGGCGGCUGGUCCAUCCAAGAGCGCCUUCAGCAAGCGGGGACCCAAAGGAGAACCCAAGAAGGAGCUUCAGAAAGAUAUCAAUUGGAUGGUGGAGAACUACGAUGGUGAGCGAGUGGUCAUGGACGAUGCUGAGAUGAAGCAACUGGUGGUGAUUCUGAACUGCCGCAACACCACGGUGCACAUCCCCAACAAGGUGAAAUCCAUUUGUGUCGACAGUUGUGAGAAGGUGAACGUUCUGUGCCAAGAUGUCAUCUCCGCCGUUGAGCUGGUGAAUUGUGACCGAUGCCAGAUGCAAGCCCUUGGCAAGGUGGUGGCGGUGGCCAUUGACAAGUGCGAUGGCGUGAACGUUUGGUUGUCCAAGGCGUCCGUAAAUGCAGAAAUUACGGCCUCCAAAUCUUCCGAGAUGAACGUCACCAUUCCUGAUCCCGACGGCAAGGAGGAGGAUGGGGAUCUGAUCGAGAUUGCAAUCCCUGAGCAGUUCGUAUCCAGAGUGGUUGGCAAGAAGCUGAAGACAGAGGUUUCAGGCAUCUACAGCGGUUGACGAGACCUCCGUUUGGGUCCUGUGGCUUCUUUGGAUUCAAUCUCUGCGGCUUCGGAAAUUGCUA